AUGACAUGGUGCGACGGUUCUUUUAGGGUACCUGCGUCGUUCAGCUCCCUCAAACGAACGUGUGCGACCCUGCAGACAGGCGCAUGUAGGAUGAUGAGGCUGAGUGGCACUGGUAUUGGCAACAUCGUCACUUCUGACGUUGUGGCAGACAAACAUGUCUCCAAACGCGGCUGGCAGUGGGGCACCGCUUUCGCAGAACGGGCGGCUAUACCUAAAGAGGGAAGGACGACUGUCGAUACCUUCCACGUCGGAGGAAAUGACGUCGGCAGGCGCACGGCAGCCAAGGGAAUUUCCCAUGCACGAUUGAGGAGGGCAUGUUCCACUCUUUUGGAUCCCUCGUCUACUGAAAACGAUGGGCACUGGGUUUCGCGACACCAGUCAUGGGCUGCGGCGGCAUCUGAACGCGCCGUCACUGGUUGCGUAGGAGAGGUAGUGCAUUCUGGACCCUGGAACCACCAGGAUGCCGCGCUUGCCAGGAACCGACAUGAGAUCAUCACUCAGAGCUCGAUUUCGAGGUACCAGACGACGGGCGAGCCAGGGUUUCAUGAUCGAGCGCACGUCAUUGGCCUUAGCUGGACCCCUAGACAGAUGCCGUGGGCGCUAUCGAGCAUGGGGCAGGACCCUGCAGAUCUGUGA